AUGUUGUGGCGCUCUGUGUGCAGGCCCGCGGAUGGCGGCUGCCGCGUCUGGCGGCAGCGUCUCCGGGAGGCUGUGGCAGUGCUGGGUGGUGGCAGCCUUCUCUGCGCCUCGUACCUGGUAGCCGCAGGUGAGGAGCGGUUCUACGCCGAGCGUCUGAUGCCGGGGCUGCAGCGGCUGCUGGGGCCCGAGACUGCCCACGUGCUCGCCAUCCGCCUGCUCAGCCUGGGGGUCCUGCCCCGCGUGGCCCAGCGCGACUCGCCCAUGCUGGAGGUGUGCGUCCUGGGACGGAGGUUCCGGAACCCGGUGGGCCUGGCAGCCGGCUUUGACAAGCACGGGGAAGCUGUGGAUGGGCUCUCUAAGCUGGGAUUUGGCUUUGUGGAAGUGGGGAGUGUCACCCCACAGCCUCAGGAAGGGAACCCCAAACCUCGGGUCUUCCGGCUGCCAAAGGACCAGGCUGUCAUUAACAGAUAUGGCUUUAACAGCCAUGGACAUGCUGCCGUGGAGCGUAGGCUUCGGGCCCGGCAGGGAGCGCAGCUCCAGCUCACCAAAGCUGGGAUGCCCCUCGGAAUAAACCUGGGUAAGAACAAGGGCUCAGCAGAUGCUGUGGCAGAUUACGUGGAUGGAGUCCGGAUGCUGGGCCCGCUGGCCGACUACCUGGUGGUGAACGUGUCCAGUCCAAACACGCCGGGGCUGCGGGACCUGCAGGGCAAAGCCGAGCUGCACCGCCUGCUGGCCAAGGUGCUGGAGGAGAGGGAUGCCCUGAGGUGUGAGUGCAAGCCGGCCGUGCUGGUGAAGAUUGCCCCUGACCUGACUGCCCAGGACAAGCAGGACAUAGCCAGUGUGGUGACUGAGCUAGGUGUGGAUGGGCUGGUCGUCACCAACACCACCACCAGCCGUCCCAGCAGCCUGCGGGGCACCCUGCGCACAGAGCCUGGCGGCCUCAGCGGGCGGCCCCUGCGAGCACUCUCCACUCAGACGGUCAGCGAGAUGUACGCCCUCACCCAAGGGAAGGUGCCGAUCAUCGGCGUGGGCGGGGUGAGCAGCGGGCAGGACGCACUGGAGAAGAUCCGGGCUGGGGCCUCCCUGGUGCAGAUGUACACGGCGCUCACCUACCAGGGGCCCCCUGUGGUGGGGGUGGUGAAAAGGGAACUAGAGGUGCUGCUGAGGGAGCAGGGGUUUCAGAGCGUCACAGAAGCUGUUGGAGCAGAUCAUCGGUGCUGAUGGGCGUGUGGUGCUGUGGAUGGGGUUCUCUGUGCUGCCUUUGGAUGCCCCAGCCUGGAGAAGCUGCAGUGCCCUGGGAACAGUGCUUGGUACCUCUCGGGUGUGAACCACUCUGGAGUCUUUGGACUGAGUCAUCCCCUGUGCAGAACAUGGGAGGGGUCUAGUGAUGUACAGACACCCCUGAGCGGGCUCAUGGGGUCAUGGCGAGCUCGUGGUCUGUGUACCAGUGCUGCCCUGGGCAUGUGGGGAAGGCUCCCAGCUGCCCUGUGUGGAGGGACCUGAGCAAGGCCUGGGCAGAGGAGCUCUUCCCAGAUCUGCUGAACAGUGCUGGCAGUGUGGGACUGGGCUGACCCUUGCCAGUCCUGAGCAGCUGCAGGUCGGGGUCCCUGCCCUACAAAGCUGUGAUGCAUGCGGUGGUGGCAGGAGGCCUGGCACACUGCUGGAGUGGUGCCAAGUCCCUGCACCCCUUUUCCAACGGAGAAGCUCUUUGCAAUUUGCCUGCGAAGGGACUCGCCUCCCCCCCACCCCACAUGUGGGUGCACAAGGCCAUGAGCCUGACGCAGCCCUGGCCAUGCUGUUCAUGGAGCCAGCUGGGUCAGGCAGUGCCCCAAGCAGCAUCACUGGCAGCCAUGCUCUGUGCCGCUGGUGUGCAGGGCCCUGCCUGAGCACUGGCUUGGUAUCUGCCCCCAGGCUCCGGCUUUGCCGUGACGUGCCUGGCCACAGCUAUCUGUGAUGCUCCCCAGGACUGGCUGGCUGGGGGCUGCAUCUGAAGGAGACUGGGGUGGGGGUGGGGGCCAUGCCUGGGCCUGGCACUGGGCCUGGCUUCUCACUGGACUGUCAAUAAACUUGCUGCUUGUUCAGCCUCA